GGUACCAGUCAAAAGAAUUAAUUAAGAAUUUGUUUCUUGGUUUUUCUGCAGGGAGUCCUCCCGAUGGGAACAUGGCCAUGAGCUGGUUGAGGUGCUUUAUGCGCGCAACCAUCCUGUAUGGUUCGCUCACAUACCAAGAGGCAAAUGGCAUCAAAACUCAAUCACGAGAUUGUCUUCACAUGGAUCCAGUUGGUAACAAAUACAACUUGACUUCCUUACGAAAUACAAAUGAAACAGCGAGAUUCACGAUAACCUAUAGGGGAUACAAAUACAGCUUUAACCCCUGUGAAUCAUUCAAGAUAGGGAAGCCAUUUAGAGGAAAUGAAUGUCAUUCGGAUGUAGCGAUUUGCAGGUGGGUGGAAGAGCAAAUGUACCACAAUAUAGGACAUCAGAGCACAGAAAAAUGUCUCUUAGAUAAGGACACUAAAACACCGAUGCUGGAAUAUACUGGGGAUAUCUACACUAAGACCUCACAUGUACUACUAAAGUGCAAUAAAACCGAGGAACGUCCAAGCUUUAAAGCUUUGUCUGUUGACUAUCCACAGCUUUUUGUGUUCUCACUAACACACAAAUGUGCCUGUCCCAAUCUGUGUCUUUAUAAACACAUCACACCUUCUAAGCAGCCAGGUCCAAGUAAUCCAAAUGAUAACAACGUGGUCAGCGUCGUUGCAGGUAGUCUUGGUAGCCUUGUUUUCGUUGCGUGUAUCGUCAUGGUAAUCUUUCUGAUUGUAAGGAGGAUGAAUAGACCGAAUCCUCAGAAUAGAGGAGAAGAUCGACCCAUUUUGCCUGAACCAGCCACCAUAAAUCGAUUUUCCAGCUUCAAUGAAGACAGCGAACGUUUGGGGAGCGAACGUUUGGGGAGGAACUCACCUUCCGGAACGUUCUUAGAUUACUCAUAGUUUGAGAAUGAAAUUACAGAGUCACAGGAGGAUCCUCCUGACGGUAAAAACAAAUCUUGUACGGAGAAUCAGUGCUGAGGGUAUCCACUGGUGUAUUAUCAAAACUUUUCGCAGCCUUGAAGCAUGGUCCAGAUAUUAUAAUAUUAGGAUUAAAAAGUAUCUUUAUACGGAUUGUUUCGAAAAGAAGGAUUUAUGACUGCAUGUUCAAUUAUUAAAUUGUAGUGUAGAUUUCCAACAUACGGUGAUUUUACUGAUUGCUCAGCUUUUCUGUUGACAUGACAUUUGCCACAACCAGUGUAGUGUGACAUUGGUCUAAUGGACGCGUAAUUGACGACAAAUAACUGUAUGGUUAAAUUUAUAAAAAACGAUUUUCAACCUAAAAUAGUCCUCUUUUCUCACGCUGGUGUGUACAAAUAAUCUAUCAACGAUCAAUGAAGAACUAAGAUUAAGGAACAGUGUAAUUUCUUAAAGGGAUCAUCCCUUUUCCUUUAGUUAGCAGGUUCAUGUUGUACCAACUCGAGAAUUUUGUGACCUCGAUCUACAUAUCAGCCCGUAAAAGAAGUUGUUCUUUGUAUCUUAUUAGUGGACUGAAUAAAGCUGAA